CCACCAUACGUCAUGUUAUUUGUCAUUUUCCAUAUGACAUAUGUCAUCACUGUCAUCAGUCAUCCCAUCUAUCAAUAUUGAUUAAUUUUUAAUAUUUUAAUAGGAGUUAUAUUUCUUAUUUUUACUGUAACAUUUUGUUACUACUGCCAAAAAUAAUGUCACGAGAAGCGCAAUUAUUCAAACUAUGCCGAGGAAGUUUCGGACAGGUCCGCAGUAUUCACAGAGCUUCAACUUCUCAAGCAGCUGCAGUCCAAGCCAAGGAAAAACCUGUAAAAAAUAAGGUAUUUUCAAUUUACCGAUGGAACCCUGACAAGUCCGAUCAGAAACCUUAUAUGCAAGAAUACAAUGUAGAUUUGAACGCAUGUGGCCCUAUGGUUUUAGAUGCUCUCAUAAAAAUUAAAAACGAGAUUGAUCCUACGUUGACUUUUAGGCGUUCUUGCCGCGAGGGUAUUUGUGGUUCUUGUGCUAUGAAUAUUGGUGGGGUUAACACUUUGGCUUGUAUCAGCAAGAUUGACACGUCUGGUAAAUCGACUAAAAUUUACCCUUUGCCACAUAUGUAUGUAGUAAAGGAUCUUGUACCUGAUAUGAACAAUUUUUAUAAUCAAUACAAGUCUAUUGAACCAUGGCUACAACGAAAGGACGAUACUGUGAAGAAAAAUACUGAGUAUCUACAAAGCGUGGAAGAUAGGCAAAAAUUGGAUGGCUUAUAUGAAUGUAUCUUAUGUGCAUGUUGCUCUACGUCUUGUCCAAGCUACUGGUGGAACGGAGACAAAUAUUUGGGACCAGCAGUACUCAUGCAGGCUUAUCGUUGGAUUAUUGAUUCAAGAGAUGAAGCUACAACCAAAAGAUUGGAUAAAAUGAGAGACCCAUUCUCUGCUUUUAGAUGUCAUACUAUUAUGAACUGUACCAGAACUUGUCCAAAGGGUUUGAAUCCAGGUAGAGCAAUUGCUGAAAUUAAAAAACUUUUGGGAGGAGUAGCUAAAAAAGAAGAACCUCAUCUUAAAGCUGUUGCUUAAUUAUCAGUCAAAAAAAAGAGUAAUUUACUUGUCGAAAAAUUUAUAAAAAUAUUAGUCUUUUAAUUACAUAUUUGAUGCACAUUACUUGUGAUAAAAAUGUGACAUUAAAGCAACUGUAUCUUUGUUGUUUCUAAUAACUAAUUAGGUAACUUCAGUAUUUUUUUUUUCUUUAGGUCUUUAUAAGCAUAAAAAUUAUAUUAAAACUCUUGUACAUUUCAGACUUUUUACUGAUGCUUGUUUCUUAAUUUAACUCUAAUUUUUAUUUUUAGUAUUAAUAGUACCAGUUAUAUUUUUUUUCAAUUUAAAUUCCUCUAGUAAAUAGUCUCUAAAAAUAACUAACCUUGAAAAUUAUAAAUGUUUUCAAUUAUUUGCACUAAACAGCAUGAAAGGUAUGCACAGUUGUCACUCAAAAAAAGACCAGCAGUUUUAUGUAAAAGGCUAAAAUGUACGAGUUCUUUUAGUUCAAUGUUAUUUUUCGAUAUUUAUCUGUCUUGUUAUUUAAUUGGAUAAAAUAAAAUAUUUUGUUU